AUGCUGAUGGGCUUUGCGAAGAGAUGGCACCUUGAGACGUCCUCCUUACAUCUCCUACACGACGAGCUCACGGUCACACUUGACGACAUCUCCUGUCUGCUACAUAUACCGAUCAGGGGUACUCUCCUCCGUCACGGUAGGAUGACGAAGGAGAAUGUGAGAGAGAUGUUGGUUGAGGAGCUUGGGACUGAUCCAUUGGAUGCGCUUGAGGAGGUGGAUAAGACCAGAGAGGCUCAUGUGAGGUUCUCCUUUCUCACGCGUAGAUUUGGUGAGGCGCUCAUUGCUGCACGCCAGGCAGAUGAUGGUCCAGUUGAGGUUGAGAUACAGAGGCAACAUGUGCUGAGGUGUUAUUUUCUAUUUUUAGUCGGCACUCAGCUGUUUGUGGACACUUCCUCCAUAUAUACAAAUGUCGCUUACUUUCGGUACUUUUUGGAUUCCAUACAGAUCCAUGAGUACAACUGGGGGGCGGCUACCCUGGCUUACAUGUAUUCGAGGUUGGGAGAGGGAGGCCUAUGGAAGACUAAAACUAUGGCAGGGGACGUGGCACUACUUGUGGCUUGGAUAUUCCAGCACUUUCCCAUGAUCUCUGGGUGGGGGAGUGUGCCUGAUUAG